UGCUGUGGUGGAUAUUAGUUGCAGCACGCAGGAUCUAGUUCCCUGACCAGAGAUCGAACAAGGGUCAAAUAGAAGCAAGGAGGCUUUUUUUUAAUUAAUUUUUUUUUAAUGUUUGGCCCUGCUGGGUCUUGCUGCACACAGUCUGUCUCUAGUUGUGGUGAACAGGGGCUACUCUUCAUCGUGGUGCUCAGGCUUUUCAUUGGAGCUGCUUCUCUUAUUUCAAAGCACAGGCUCUAAAGUACAGACUCAGUAGUUCCAGCUCCUAGGCUCUAGAGCACGGAGUCAGUAGUUGUGGCUCAUGAGCUCAGUUGCUCCAAGGCAUGUGGGAUCUUUCUGGACCAGAGAUGGAAUCUGUGUUCCCUUCAUCUUCAGGCAGAUUCCCAUCCACUGCACCACCAGGGAAGUCCUUCAGUGUAUUUUAUUAUCAUAUAGUGCAUGCAUGCUAAGUCGCUUCAGUCGUGUCUGACUCUUUGCAAACCAUGGAUAGAAGUUUCUACUAAGCUUGAGACUUAUAUAUCCCCUGCUUAUGAGAAUCCCUUGGAUUUCCACAGGCACUUGAGCCACAUUAGGCAUUUUUUCUCUCCUGCUUAAGCUCUUCAGUGGCUUCCCAUCACCUGGAAAAUAUAGCUGAAGCUCCUACACUUAGUAUACAAAGUCCCCUGGGAUCUGGCCUCAGAAUGCCUUUCUGCCCAGAUUUAUUAUUCCAUUUUCUGGUAAUACUCAAUUACUAAUAAUUCUCUUACUAGUAAUUUGCACAUCACAUUUGCAUCUCAGUGCUUUGGCUCUUUACGUGAAACUCCCUUUCCACCUUCAUUGCCUGGAAAAGUUUUAUUUACCCAGGACUCUGCUUAGGCAUGCUUCCCACAUGGCGCAGUGGUAAACUGCCUGCCAGCGCAGGAGAUGCGGGUUCGAUCUGUGUGUGGGGAAGAUCCAAGGAGAAGGACACGGCAGCCGAUUCCAGUAUUCCUCCCUGGAGUCAGACAUGACAGAGUCUGCACACACGCACUGCUUGGGCACCCCCUGCAGGAAGACAGCUUUUACCAGACACCAUCAUUGUCCAAAAUGUCCUUAGUUCAUCUUCUCCUAGCACCCUAUGAGUUUCCCAAUUUUUUAAUCACGUUCCAUUUUACAUUUAAAUGAUCUAUUUAAUUGCCCAUUUUUCAUAUUAACAAUCUAAGCUGGGAGAGGUGAUCAGAUCACCAUUAUUGCUACGUCCGUAGUGCCCAAGUCAACACUUGGCAUAGAAUGUUUUGUUUUAUUUAAAGGAACUAGCCUGACUUUCUUCUGAUUGGUUUCAUUCUGAGGCCCUGUUACCGAAUCCUGUCUCUUAUCUCAAAAGUUGAAGGUCCCCCUGCCCUGGAGUCAGCUGCAAUGUUCCCAGAGCACAAAUUAUGCCACAAUCCAUUAACUGCAGAGUGGGCUGCCCUGAGUCAGAGGCUCCAAACACCAAGGCCAGGGCGUGGAGCGAGAGCAGGAAAAUGGAAGCCAUGCCGUCCAGAUGCCUGUUUCUGUUAUUUCUCUCCACAUGCAAACUGUCCCCGGAAGUUGCUGCAGAAGUUCAGGAAUCAUCAGAUGGUCCCGGUGCCCAGGAACCCAUGCAGCUCACAGAUGUCCAAGCUGCCAUGGAAUUCAUCGCUGCUGCUGAGGUGGCUGUCAUAGGCUUCUUCCAGGAUUUAGAAGUACCGGCAGUGUCCCUAAUCCACAGUGUGGUGCAAAAUUUCCAAGACGUGUCUUUUGGGAUCAGCACUGCCUCCGAGGUUCUGGCUCACUACAACAUCACUGGGAACACCAUUUCCCUCUUCCGUCUGGUAAGUCAGGUGGAUAACAAACAACUGGAUUUAAAGGGUGAAGAUUUUGAAAGCAUGGAUGCCACCAAGUUAAGCCGUUUCAUUGAGAGCAACAACCUCCACCUGGUUACAGAGUACAAUGCUAUAAUUCUUUUUAUUCUGGUGGACAGUGGAGUGAAGCAAAAUGAAAAGGCGAUAUCAUUUUUCAAACUAAAGAUGUCUGAACUGCCUGCUUUAGCAAUUUACCAGACUCUGGAUGAUACGUGGGAUACAUUGCCUAUAACAGAAGUCUUAGUAGAGCAAGUGCAAAAUUUUUGUGAUGGAUUCCUGAAAGGGAAGGGAUUGAGAGAAAAUCAUGAAGCAGAAGAGAAGACGUCAAAGGUGGAACUCUGAUUGCUUCCCUGUUUCUUCUGCAUACAAUCAAGUAACUACUUUAUGCUGAAUAAAAAGACUCAAAUCUCAGAGACACUAAA